AUGGAUCAAACUGAAAGUAAUGAGGUGCCUACUUCCGUUCGUCCUAAUAAUAUCAAUGAACAAUAUGUUCAACGUACUUCAAUUAACAACGUCGACUUUUCAAACGUCAAUAAUGAAAACUCUCUACACGUUCAUGGUUCGGUUCCUGUGACUCAAAAUGUCACGUAUGAGUUUUAUUUACCUACAGGUGACGCGCGCGUUUAUCUUGUUACGUAUACCGAAUUAUCAACACACGAAAUCGCACGACGUUUGAACAGUAGGGUUAAUUUAUCACACAUUCCAGAAUACCAAUUUCCGUAUCAUUAUAAUUUACAAUCGUUGAUUCAUCAACAAAUUCAGCAACAAGUUCAGCAAACCGGUAAUUAUCAACGCGAUAAUAAUUCUGAUGCCAUGAUGAUUCAGCCUACUACCCAAGCGUAUUCGGAAAAUCACAUUUUUAAUGCGUCUACGAUUCCUUCAAGCGAAGUCGUUUCUGACACGAUACAAGUCACGCCAGAUAUUGGAAGCGAUGAGGGAGAUAUCGGGUUGACAAACCGCGUCGAUCCAAAAUAA